CGCUCACCAUCCAGCUCGUCCCCGCCCGCUCGUCACCUUCCCUCAUAAUAGUAUCUUAAGAGCUCGCGGGUGCAGCUGUGAAAUGGCCUCUAACAUACCUACACGACGCACCACGCGUUUAACUCGCACCGUUCAAAAUAGCGAGAACGCAGUCACUCGUCCGACCCGCAUCGCUACUCGAACGAAACCCCCUUCUGCCAGCGGAGCUACCAAGGGAGCUGGUCUCACGCGGGCAACUGCCGCUACUGCGGCUUCCCGGGCCAAGGCCGGUAAUGCCUCCGAUGUCGAAGGGAAGCCCGACCCCGCUGCAGGCAAGCGCAAGCGCGAGGCCCUUGGCGAGGUCACCAAACUUCACAACAAGGCAAAGUCUGGCAACAUCCCCGUCGCAGCUCCCACGAAAGAUGCCAAGGGCAAGGGCAAGGAAGCACCACCUUCGGUCAAGGGGGACAAGUUUGAUGGCGUCGUGAUCCAGACCAAGCCCCCUUCUACAGUUGGUUCCCGCCAACCUCUUCGAAGCGUCAGCAGCACGACGACGAACACUCGUCGUACGACCCGGGCUACCGCAGCACCGUCUCAGUCUCGUCCACUAGCACACGUCAAGGAGUCUAAGUUCGAGGUUCUCGCUGAGGAAGAUGACGGAAUGGCACUGGACAAGCAUACGAUAAAACCUGCUCCUACUGGACAUCGGAAAACUGUAUCCCGCGCUGUUGCGCAUGUCGAGGAGAAGAAGGUCGAGGUCCGUCGCAAGGCACCGUCGCGGACCACAGUCAAGCACCAGGUCCAAGAGGAAAUUGAAGAAGACCGCGUUUUCAAGAAGCGGCGUACUUCCUCUGACGUUCCCGAUGAUGCCAAACUCUUCGAGGAGGAAGAACAAUUACCGGAGCUCGAUGUUGAGGAUGCUGUUCGCCUUGAUAUCUUCGCCGAUGAAGAUGAAGCGGACCCCAACGGCGACCAGUGGGAGGACCUUGACGCGGAGGACGUUGAUGACCCAUUGAUGGUCAGUGAGUAUGUCAAUGAGAUCUUCGAGUACAUGAAGGAGACGGAGCUUACGACACUACCCAACCCCAACUACAUGGAGAGCCAAAAAGAGCUCGCAUGGUCAAUGCGAGGCAUCCUCCUGGACUGGCUCGUCCAGGUUCAUGCGCGCUUCCGUCUACUCCCCGAGACCUUCUUCCUUUGCGUUAACAUCAUCGAUCGCUUCUUGUCUGCUCGCGUCGUCUCAUUAGCUAAACUCCAGCUUGUCGGAAUCACGUGCCUGUUUGUUGCGGCGAAGGUCGAGGAAAUCAUCGCGCCUUCAGUUUCUCACUUCCUGCACUGCGCAGACUCGUCUUACAGCGAGGCUGAGAUCCUGCAGGCUGAACGGUACAUCCUUAAGACCAUCGACUGGAAUCUCAGCUUCCCGAACCCUAUGCACUACCUUCGUCGGAUCAGCAAGGCUGACGAAUACGAAGUCAAAGCUCGGACGAUUGGGAAGUAUCUCAUUGAGGUUGGAGCUCUUGAGUGGAGAUUACUCGCUACCCCACCGUCGCUGGUCGCUGCGGCUUCUAUGUGGCUGGCACGUCUCAUUCUCGGCUACGACAAAUGGACGCCAAACCUGGCGCACUACUCGUCCUAUGCGGAGAGCUCAUUGAUCCCGACUGCUAACCUGAUGCUCAACUACGUGCUCAAGCCCAUAAGGCAUGAGUCGUUCUACAAGAAGUAUGCUGGCAAGCGCUUCAUGAAGGUUAGCGUGUGGGUUCGCGAAUGGGCCCUUGAGAUGUGGGAAGAAGGUACUCAGGUUAACCUUCGGGAGGACCUCCCCGCGAUCAAGGCCCAGAACCGGGCGAGACAAGAGCAGGAAGCCGCAGCGGAGGCAGAGUUGGAGGUUUUGAGAGAACAAGUGAACGGUCACAACCGGGUCAAGUCCGAGAAACGUUAGGAACGCACGCGCUCGAUAUCUGGUUUCUUGGCUCAUUUUCCACUUGCAAUCUCAUUUCACUUCGCAUGGACAACCAACACACAAGCAUCAUACGCAUGGCAUCGACCACAACUGUUUAUUCCAUCAACAUCCUUGUUUAUUCGAAGUGCCUACGAGCUUUCCGUCCCUCAUCUCAUUUUCUCAUGAAAUCUCAUUUCCCUGUUAUGCGCAACCUCACCCGUCCUCUCCCUCACCCACUCACGAAUGACGCGCUCGCUCGAUUUGUCCUCACCUAUCGGCACUAUCCCCCUCGCCUUCCCCACGGCCCCUAUGCCCUAUGUUGUCUAUGCUUACUCGUGAUGUCGCCCUCUAUCCGAACACAGUGCCUCCUAUCGCUCCGCUUUGGCGCAACGCUCUGUCGCUCGUACUCGCAAUCGCAAUUAUCUCGUUCCUCGAGACGCUAUCCCGUCCGAUUGCUCGUUGCCCGCGCUGCCCUAACUCUGUCGUCGCGCUCUCAUCAUCCUUUGGCUUUCCUAGUACCCCAGUACCCAGCCUAACCCCGUCCUCCCUUUACCACGACUCCCACCCUCAUCCUCAACUUCGAACACUCAACAUAACUAUAUGUACAUAUCGCUCCUCGGUCUAUGUUUUCUUCCAGCUUUUUUUCGUCCCUUUGUCGUUCGUUUUGAGCUGGGUUGUCCAGAGUUGUCUAAUAAGAAGUCGUUUAUCCUAGUGGGGAUGUACGUGUAGAUUCACACAAUAAACC